AUGGAGGUCCUGAUUCGCCGAGCGGAUCUAGACGCGAAGGCCGUGGGUGCCGAUCCGGAGCAGCAGCUACCGCCAUUGGUGUUUAUCCAUGGCAGUUACCACGCGGCGUGGUGCUGGGCUGAUAAGUGGAUGCCGUAUUUGUCGGCGCUGGGAUUCGACUGCUUCGCUAUAAGCAUCCUCGGUCAGGGUGGCAGCGACGUGCCGAACGCUCCUGUGGCUGGGACCAUUCAGUCCCACGCUGCUGACGUGUCAAACGUUAUCCGCCAGGUCGUUGGCCGGCCACCAGUCCUAGUUGGACAUUCUUUCGGCGGGCUGAUUGUUCAGGCGUAUCUUGCUGACGUGGCAAAGGAUUGGGAGAGCAGCAAGGAUGACGGAGUCCCAUUCACCCCUCUAACGGGGGCUGUCCUCGCCUGCUCUGUGCCGCCCACUGGCAACAUGGAGCUAGUGAAGCGCUACAUGCGCACAGACCUCAUCCUGUCCAUCAAGAUCACCCUCAGCCUCGCCUUUAAGCUCUUCCGCUCAUCGCUCGCCCUCUGCCGCGACUCAUUCUUCUCCCCCGCCCUCCCCGAGCCCGAAGUCAAGCGCUACCAGGCUCUUCUCUCCGACAGCAGCAAGCUGCCCCUGUUCGACCUCAGGCUGCUGAACGCGUCCCUCCCCGUGGCCAAGCCUCCAGCAUACUGCCCGCCUGUCAUGGUGCUGGGUGCUGCUGAUGACGUCAUUGUGGACGAUCAGGGCGUGAAGGAAACAGCUGAGUUCUUCAACACGCAAGCAGUGGUGCUGCCAGGCAUGCCGCAUGACAUCAUGCUGGACCUGGGCUGGAAGGAUGCUGCUGAUACCAUGCUGCAGUGGCUCGCAACCCAUGGAGCCAUCCCGAAGCAAUGA